UUAGAGGGAAACGAUAAAAGUUCAAUGUACCCGUGUGAGUGACACACUUGUGUCACGCUCAUGGUAAAGAAACGAUCUUUAAUAUUUGCGCAACUGAAAUGGGUCUUCAGCACCUAGUGAAUGAUACUGAAAUGAUACUGAGUACUGAACUAUAAAUCGAGCAGCCACUACUAUACGUUUGUUUUUUUUUCUAUUUAAGCCAAGGACGUUUCUAUUGACAAAUAUGUAUGAAUUUGGAGGAGUUCAAAACAGUUCUGUUCUAUCGACUGCCAUACAUUUUCAGCUUCAUCUGUCGCUACAGAUGUUUUGAGUUGGAAGAGCGAUUGGCAAAUUAAUUCAGCCGCAACUAUCUUGAUAUUGUCUUUUGAUCCAACAUUUGUUCCAAGUUUUGGUCGACUCCAUCUUUUAGUAAGCUUUUGAUACGUAGGAGAUCAAAUAAUGAUUAUGUCAACCACAUAUGCCCUGGGUCUGGAGAGACUUGUUAAAGAUGAUCCUCGAAGAUACCGCAUCGAAUCACAAUCGCAAUCGUAGAAGAAGAUACCGCAAGCCCAUCUCCUAUACACAGGAAAACGGAAAGUUUUUAAUAAUAUGCUUAUAGCUCGUUACCAGCACCUUCAUUAAAAAAUCUAAUAACUCGCGAACCACUGGAAGCAUCCGGUGUUGGAUAAAGGAACAUUUAAAGCUUUAUGUAGGUUCAUUCGUGGCGUAGUGUGACCGUCACCUCGUAUUUGGUGUUUGUUGUUAUACACCGAAGGUCCAUCCCAUUCGCACUGUAUCCAUCCGGCUGUGACAAGGUCGAACUAUCCUUGGCUUUUAACUUAUCCAUAGCCCUUUCAGUCAUUCUUUUGUGGGCAAGAACGUAACGGAUGGUUUUUCCCCAAGCCGGUCUGACUCUGGAUCAUUUGGAUCUGCCCUGAUUCCAUAUGGCGAAGCAAUGGCAGCAAUAGCACUCACCAAUUGACACGUUCGUUAAAGCCGUCCAAUGUCAAUUAUUUAACUCGAAAUUCUUUUUCGCUAAUUCAGAUAACAAAUCACAUAAUCGCGUUUCAUGCCAGAAGGAAAAAAUCUCACGUUCCUCUUCACGAUGGGCGUGAUCCACUCUGCACUCGCAGCAAAAGCGGGGCACUACAUUCUUCUUCUUAAGGUCUGUGUGCUUCGAAAGGCCGCAGUGAAGUUUAAUUUACUUUCCUAAUGUAACCUGCAAAAAAGCAAGUGUUUCCUUUAGUUUCGCAGCACAUAACACUCUCAGUUCUUGCGACGUCGCCAGAACCAUCAAAUAGGUUGACGAAUGUUUGUAAACGGGUCUCCAAAGGGGAGUACGCUAGCAGUACGCAUGCGGAGCGCCACCACGUGUGUUUGCAUAAUAAACAUGUGCGAGACAAGCAAAGUCUGCUGGAAAAAUUUCGCCAUUACACAGCUGCAGCGACCACUAGUUUGUGGUUAACUUUAGUUUCACUUUUCAUUCGUUCGGACGUACAGUUACGCCGAAAUAGCCGGUCCCAAGUAUGCAGAAGAGCAUCCCAACGCUGGGGCUCCGAAAUGGCAGUCAUCCGCGCACAUUCAUUACGCUGCUGUUUGGCACCGUGUUGGGCUUCAUGUUUGCUACGUUUAUCUCAUCCACUACGGUACGGCAACCGUGGAUGCCAGAAAGCUACCGGCAGCGAGAGCCACCGUCGGUUGUGAGCGAUCCACACACGGGCAACGAGCUGCGGGAAGCGGCCGGACCGGAACAGGACGUUGGGCAGCAUGCAGCCCACGAAGAGGUGCAUGCGCAUGAGAAUGCAUCCAUCGCGCACCAGUUGCAGCGGGAGGUUCGUGUCCUGUGCUGGGUGAUGACCAACCCGAACAAUCACAAGUCGAAGGCGUUGCACGUCAAACGCACGUGGGCUGGCCGUUGUAAUAAGGUGCUGUUCAUGAGUUCCGUUGAAGAUCCUCUUAUAGACUCGGUCGCGCUGCCGGUCGGUGAAGGCAGGAAUAAUCUUUGGGCGAAAACAAAAGAAGCAUUUAAGUACAUCUACCAACACCACCUGGACGAUGCCGAUUGGUUCAUGAAGGCAGACGAUGAUACGUACGUGAUUGUCGAAAAUUUGCGGUACAUGCUUUAUUCGUACUCGCCGAGCCAUCCGAUUUAUUUCGGGUGUCGAUUCAAACCCUACGUUAAGCAGGGCUACAUGUCCGGUGGGGCGGGUUACGUGCUGAGCAAGGAAGCGGUGAAGCGUUUCGUGGAGGACGCCAUCCCCAAUCCGGCCUGUCGGCAGGACGAAGACGGUGCAGAGGAUGUGGAGAUGGGCAAGUGCAUGGAGGCGGUUAAGGUGCUGGCCGGUGAUUCCAGAGACUCGAUCGGGCGGGGAAGAUUUUUCCCGUUCGUGCCCGAGCAUCACCUGAUCCCGAACCACGUGGAUAAGGACUUUUGGUAUCUGAAGUACACGUACUACAAGCCGGAUGAGGGUCUGGAAUGUUGCUCGGAUAAUGCCAUCUCUUUUCACUACGUGUCGCCCAACCAAAUGUAUGUGCUGGAUUAUUUGAUCUACCACCUGCGGCCGUACGGCAUCGUUGGCUACUCUCAACCACUACCAAAGAAGUUAAGCUUGGGUGACAUUGUGCGGGUAGAUGAUCUAGGCAAAACAACCACCAAACCAUCGAACCAACAGCAGCAACGGCGGAUUAAGCACAUCCACGGUCAGGCGGUGAAUGAAAAGCAGAAGGACGUUACGUAUAGUGAUAUUAAAGAAAAAGAACCAAAUACCUAAUAAGAUCUAGUUGUGUAGGUUUGCUAGGUACCAAAAUUGUAUCAUUAAAAAAAGGAGCUGAAGCAAGUAGAGCGCAUUGGCCACCCCGGAAUGUAGUACCGAAUGUGUAGUGCCCUGCCGACUGCGCGAUGGAUGAUCGAGAUGUGCGUGCAUGGAGGCUAAUGGAAUGCUUGCGUGAAUGUGUGAAUGUGCUAUCCGGGGAAGCCGAUUGCGCUUGAAAUCAAUGUCAUGUAGUUGUAAGCUAGUUCUUAUGUUUAACAAACAAACAACAAAACUACACAAGUGCAAAGUGUUUGCUCCGAGGGAUUUCAUUUGCGUGUGAAUGCAUUAAUAGGGUUUGGGUUGUGUUUCCUGUAGGUGAAUCGAAUCUCUCAUCGCUAUAUUGCAUCGGACUGCUAUGAUCAGAUAAAUCGUAGAGCAGUGCCAACUGCUAGCAAGUGCAAAGAAAUGAUAGAUUAAGCGUUCAGCUCGAACAUAUUUGCGAACUAAGUCAUCCAACUCAUGUGUAUUCCUAUCGAAUGGGUUCUUCUCCUUGUUCUCUUACCACUACAACCGCCAAAGGUCCUUGCCCUACCUUGGUUAGUCAACCCGAAUGCGUGUCGAAUGGGUAUCCUUAUCGACCAUUCAAAUUCUCUGAAUGAAUGUUUUAGUACGGUUAAGUGUUCAUUGCUUUCUUUCUUUAGUUAGACAGGUGGACAAUUAGGUUCCAUCGGGCUUGCAUGGAUGCACCCUUUAUGCACCCUGCAUAAACGAAAUGGCUUUUUGGUUCCUUUAUUAUCUUUAGCAUAUUGUGCAACAUCCAAUGGUCAGAGCCAGAUUGAUAUCAAACACUAGGAAUCGCGCUAAUGAAGGUUUCUCGAAACGUAUAUAAGCAUAACCAAAUAUUAAGUUUAAAUAAUCUUUUAGCCUAAACGCUCUAAUUUUCUUUGCGAAUUACGAAACAACACAAACCCAGAUUCUAGUGAAGUGUUGAAAUGAAGAGGAGUCGCAUUAGUCAAGUAGAACCUUUAUCAUAUUGAAAUUGCUUUGAUAUUUAUAUGGAUUUUACCACUCUUACAAUGCAUUUGUCUUGGACGAUCGUUGGGUAAUCCCCACUUUAAAAUCAAUCACUUCAUUCAAAAAAGUUUUUUUUAUCGAUCAUGUACUACGGUACACGUUUUGCUUUAUAGAAUGACCUCAUUUAAUGACAUAGACUGCUUUGAAAUCUAAUACCCUCGUCUAGAUAAGAAAUCUUUCCUCCACUGCUGUAUCUUAUGCAAACAAGUGUUUUGCAUCUGUUUCACAGUUUUUCGUUAUGUCAUCAUCCGAUCUCAUGCACAAACGAAAGCCAAGAAAACAAAUAGCAAUGUUGCCAUCACAUUCAGGAAUAUUAGUUAGUUUAGAGUAUCGUCUUUUCUUGUACCGUGUUCGUUUACCCGAAGCGUGUGUGUGUGUUAAACAGGACCGACUAGCAACAUGAAUAGCAGACGCGAUGUUUCACAUUACUGUAAGCAAAGCAUGUGUGACGUGGAUUAAGAACUCUGAGGACUUAUAAAAUACUCCCUAAAGCAGAACAAAGUCUAGCUGUAAGCUGUAUCGCAUGGUAAAGCGUAUUGAAAAACCUAACUUGAAUAAAGUAAAUUAUGAAAUAGGAA